GGAACCCGCAGGGUCCCCUGACAUCUUUUCUCGCGUAGCAGUCAUGGAUUAUUCAGCGUUGAAGAUUCUAUUUGCCUCGCAAUGGGCGUUUUCCAGCAGCCCUCGUCCCCGAGAGUCCCGUCUACCCAGCAAACUGCGGCAAGAUCGAGCAGGCACGCAAGGCGAUCAAGAAAGACGACACCGCAUGGAGAGGCUGCGACGUUCGCCGACUGCUCUAAAGGCACCGACCUCAGGCGUACGCGCAUCGUUGCGGUCCUGAAUACGUUGCAGCAGCUGACUGGCGUUUCCCUCAUCGCCAACUCGACGUACUUUUUUAUCAUGGCGGGCAUGUCCCCGACCAUGUCGCUCACCAUCAACCAAGCCGGCGUCGGCGCCAGUGUGGCCUGCACGUUGAUCUCGUGGUUCAUCAUCGCCAAGAUCGGCCGGCGAACUGCCAUCCUCGCGCUCAGGUUCAUCGGCGUCGCGCUCGUCAUGGCCGCAUGCUGCAGCAAUCUCGGCACAGGCACAGCCUAUCCCAUCGUGGCAGCCGAGAUACCAGCGACCAGGCUGCGCGCCAAGACGCUCGGCUCGGGCUUCGCGGUCAACGCAUUCAUGAUGUGGGCGUUCAAAUUUGUCGUGCCGUACAUGUUCAACGCAGACCAGGGUAACUUGGGUGGCACGAUCGGGCCAGUAUUCGCCGGUUUCUGCGUCGUUGGCUUUGUCGACUCGUUCUUCGAGAUCCCCGAGACCAAGGACAUCACGUAUAGCCGCAUCAACGCACUGUUCCAGACCCGGACGCCCGCGCGUGGAUUCAGGGCCAUGGCCGUGUCAUAUGAGGCGGAGAACAUGGCUGGGACGGGCGACGCGUAA